AUGGCCUCGUCCGCAUCCUCCCCUGCACUAUCAUCGUCCCCGAUGUCUCGGCCCCAAUCGCCAGAAGAUCUGCUCUCAUUCGAUGUCGGCUUGAAUCUAACGAUCCCGCAGAUGAUGUUCGUCUCCGGUGAGACUGGCGAGCCAUCUCCCGAAACGACUACUUUGAUCGAAUCGAUCGUGCAGGAUCAAGUGCAGCAUAUGCUGCGGGAAUGCACAGCCCUGGCUACGCGCCGUGGCAGCAAAUCGAUAUCCACAGACGACCUCUUCAUGCUCAUCCGCCACGACCGUGCCAAGAUUUCCCGACUGCGGCACUUUCUCCAAUGGAAAGACGUUCGCCGCUCAGUCAAAGACUCAGAUGACAAAGGUGGCGACGCCGGUGCAGAUGUAGGAGCCGGUGAUGCAGACAUAGCCGCGGGCGUAGUGGGAGCAGGUGGUCCUGGCGCUGCCCCCGUCGACGCUUCGAAAAAAGCCAAGCGCGCCAAAGUCGACUUGGUCUGGGAUGUGCAAUCCUUCUUUACCGAGUUCCCACCCCAAAAAGACGAUGUCGAAGACGAGGAAGAAGAGGAGAUGAACUAUGCCACCCUUCAACGCUUGAAGAACGCAGACGAACGUACCAAGAAUAUGACGCGCGAGGAAUACGUCCAUUGGUCCGACUGCCGCCAAGCAUCCUUCACCUACCGCAAAGGCAAGCGUUUCAAGGAAUGGGCGGGUUUCGGCCUCAUUACGGAUUCCAAACCUUCCGACGACAUCAUCGAUAUCCUAGGUUUCUUGACAUUCGAGAUUGUGCAGACGCUUACAGAGGAGGCGCUCAAGGUCAAGGAUGCAGAAGAUCUGUACAAGAAGAACCAUGGUGGUGAGCAGAAUCGACUCAAGAGAAAGAGGGAGAGGGGUCUGUUCGAUCCGCCGGAGGAGGCCAGGGAGCCGGUACAGCCGAGCCAUGUGCAAGAAGGCUAUAGAAGGCUGCAGAGGGGCAACAACAAGGCCAAGGCUAUGCUCAACUUCACUAGGAAUGUGCAUAGGGCGGCGCUGAAGUUGAUCUAG